AUGACUGUCGCAGACCUUCCCGCAGUAUCGCAGCAAUCCGAUGGUGAUGUCAAUUCUAAAAAGCGCAAGCAUGAGGAAGAAGAGGAAUCCAAUAUGAAAUCAGUAUCAUCAGAACUUCGUCAACCAGAUUUACCAGAAUUUAAUUUGACAUCUGCAAAGUCUACUGGUAAAGAAGAAGAGCUUGGUGAUAAGCUUCCCUCUGAAGAAUGGCAAACGGUAGACAGACGACCAAAAAAGAAAGCCAAGAAGAUACCAAAAGCUGAAAGUGGAAAUUACCCUGCUAUUACUUUCGCAGCAAAAGAGUCUAGACUUUCAGACCAAAUCAAAAUUGGAGAUUUACAAGGUCUCGCUCUUUAUAUUCUUGCAGAUGGCAUGGCUCCUCAAUUUGUUUCCAUUCGUCAUCGACCUCAAUUUCGAAAAGUUGUCGUGAUUAUGGUCCCUGGACUUGAGGAAUCAAUGUUCGGUACCAAACCUGCAUCUGAUACGCGUCGAUAUUCCCCAGAGGAUAUCUAUCCACGCAAGCUAAAGUCUAAAGCUUUGCCUGAUUAUCUGAAGCCAUUUGCGGAUAUGUUUGAAUAUAUAUGGCCAGUCAAAACACCAGGAGACAAGAAAUAUGCCAAGAUGCAUUCUCCUUUACAUGCUAUGCUAACAGCACCUGUAACUAAAAGCCAAGAUGACAAGAAUAGCAAUGGAAAAGGCCCCAGGAAAGCUAGAGAACCAAAAGGUUGGCAGAAUAGCCGCACACCGGUUACCCAAUUCCUCACAUCGCAGGAAGACCUCCAAGAAAACGGUUAUACCCUACAUCCCGCAACCUAUAACGACGCCAUCGAUAAAAGCAACUUGGCAGAGCAGCGGAAGACGUGGGAGGUUGACGAAGCUCACGGAUGGGUAGAUACAAAAGUCAAUAAUUUUGACGAAGGAGCGGUCCCAGAUAAUGAGUUUGAGCAAGGAAGUUUGACAGUUGGUAGAGAAAUCUUCGCUCUGGAUUGUGAAAUGUGUAUGACUGGCAAGGGUGAAUUUUCACUCACGCGCAUAAGUAUUGUCAGUUGGGAUGGUUCAGUUGUUCUUGAUGAGCUUGUAAAACCGGAGAAGCCAAUUAUCGAUUAUCUUACCCAAUACUCUGGAAUGACUGAAGCAAUGCUUGCUCCUGUCACAACAACACUACAAGAUAUACAAAAGAAAUUAGUCGAGCUGUUUCAUCCACGAACAAUCUUAAUCGGACAUUCUCUCGAUUCGGACCUCAAAGCCCUCAAGCUUACGCAUCCAUACAUCAUCGAUACCGCUGUUAUAUAUCCUCAUCCGCGUGGUCCACCACUCAAAUCCUCUCUGAAAUGGCUUGCACAAAAAUAUCUUGGUAAAGAGAUACAAAAGGGACAUGGAGCAACUGGUCAUGACUCAACUGAGGAUGCCAGAACUUGUCUUGACCUUGUAAAGCUAAAGUGCGAGAAGGGAGUUGACUGGGGAGCAAGUGAUUCACAAGGUGAGAACCUGUUCAAGCGAUUAGCUCGAGCAGGUGUCAGAUAUAAGAACCAAGUAGGAUCAGCCAUACCAGAUUUCACGAACGGUAAAACUUCGGCCGCCGUUGAUUGGGGUGAUCCAAAGAGAGGUCCUGGAGGUGCUGCGACAUUCUCGAUUGGAUGCCGAAGUGACGAACAGGUCAUGGAGGGUAUCAUUCGAGCUAUAAAGGGAGAUCUCGAUGGCAAGGAGAUUCCUGGUGGUGGCGUAGAUUUUGUUUGGGGUAGAUUCAGAGAAUUGGAGGAUCUAAAAGGAUGGAAUAACCAAAGACUCCCUCGUGCUCCAGAUUCCAAAAGUACGGCGGAAGGCGACGAUACCGCAGCUAACGAAGCCGGUGAGAAGACUAAAGUUGAUACGAUUGUGGAGGAGCCAAACUCUGCUAGUGAGCAGAAGACCAUGGAGAGUUUUAACAAUGCGAAACCCUCCGACUCCUCAAUCACCGUCACCGAAUCCUCACAAGCAACCGCGACCCCAACAACUACCGAACCCUCAUCAUCGUCACCCUUCUCAUCCGCAACACUCGCUCUCACCCAACGCAUCCACAAAAUCUACAACUCACUUCCUCCCUGCACCGCAUUCAUCAUCUAUAGCGGCUCUGGCGAUCCAAAAGAAAUGGUUCGAUACCAAAAAAUGAAACAACAAUUUCAACAUGAGUAUAAGACUACAAAGUGGGAUCAGUUGAGUGUUAAGUGGACGGAUGUUGAGGAACAGGCUUUGAAUAAGGCAGCGGAUGAGGCGAGAAGUGGGGUGGGGUUUAUUGGGGUUAAGUAG